AUGCGUCGCUGCACUGUUUCCUGCACACCCCUCGCGUUGGCAGUGCUGCUCUCGCUCUCCCUCUGCUGCGCAGCGGGCGGCGCCGUGCGGCGAGAGCUGCUGGAUGCGAGCGACGGCCUCCUGACCCAAACGGUCACCACCACCACGGGCAGCAGCGGCAGCAGCUCGAGCGGCGGCAGCACGGACCCUAAUGAGACUCUCGUUAUUAAAGACUCGCUCAACUGUGCGUGCGUCCUCGUCUGCCUGGCUGCAGACCGAGCUUCCUCAGUGCUCACCUCACAAACCAGCAUGGGCGCCAACUUCAACAUCGAUGUUAACAUCACAUCAACACAGCAAAGGGCGCUCUUCACCUUCACCGUUACAGCGGUGCCGAUCAGCCCGGCGCCAGUCUUCUCCAACUCCUCCUACCACACCAACGCGGGCCAGCUCGUUGCAACGUUUGCGUGCGUGCCCAAGCCCACCAUCAUGCUCGGCAUCUACCAAUGCACCGCCAGUUCUCUGGCCAACAUCACCGUGCCAUUCAGGCCGGUGAACAGGCCCAAGGCGCUGGUGGAUGCGGGGCUCUUCUCGAAUCCCUCCGGUUUCUACUCCACCAUCUCUGUGAACGGCGUCUCGCUGCGCGGUGGUAUCACCACCUCUGUUGCUAACCUGUGA